GCCAACGUUUAGGACUGCGUAACUACUGUUGACAGCUUUCAACUACUGUUGGCAGCGCAUGCGCUACCGCACGUAUAUGUCCCGCGCAAUUUUUUUUUUUCUCCCCUCGCGAUCGACUUGGGAUCUAUCGCCGAUCUACUGGUAGACCGCGAUCGACUGGUUGGGCACCCCUGCACUAGACAGUAGGGGUGUAACGGUACAGAAAAAUCUCGGUUCGGUACGUACCUCGGUUUUGAGGUCACGGUUCGGUUCAUUUUCAAUAGGAACAUUAGACAAUAUAAAGCUAGAAUUCUGCUCAAAAAUAUAAAUACAAGAUUCUGAAAUGUAAAAAAAAAUAAUUCUUUAAAGUUUCUUUAAAAAUAUAUUUUCUCCAAGUGAAAAAUUUAACAAUUGCAACAUUAAACAGUUUCAAGUUGUUGCUUGAAACUAACCCUAACCCAAAAUUUGAGUGUACACACGAUGUACCCUACAUGUUACUCCCGUAUACCACAAUGCAAUGCGGUCGUGUUUUUCCGGAUGAGAAGAAGAAUCUGAAUAACCGCGAAAACGAAUACAUUUAAUGAUGGAGUCUCCGGCUUUCGUUUAGAAAUGUCAACAAUUUAUUUGGGAUUUAACAUUGAAUAUUUAACAUUCAAAAUUAAUUAAACAAGGAAAUGUAACAUUCAACUUCAAUACAACCUCCAGCUUUCGUCGUGAGUGCCCGGUUUGUUUACAUGAUGUGGGCGCAUCUGUCUGCGUCACACAAAUACCCGGCGCAUUUACUGACGCAAAUGACGUUUAGAAAUGUUAAGCGUAGUGUCCGAAUUCUCGUUUGUUCGUUCCCUAAAUAGUAAUGCUGUUGCAUGUUGUUUAACUAAAUUAGGGCUGCAACUAAUGUUGUUUUUGGCGGCCUGUUUUAAUUUUAUUUUUAGUCUAGUCUUUGUCUCAAGAAAAGAGUAUACGUUCAUACUCUUUUCAGUCUAGUCAAGUUACAGUCGACUAAAAGUCUGAGCAUUUUUGUCUUAUUUUAGUCAGAAAUAUCCUUGACUAUUUAAGUCUAGUUUUAGUCAAAGCAGAUUGUAUUAGUCACUUUUUUGUAAUGCAAUUCUAUUUAACUCAGUCAAUAUAGUAUAAGUAGGCUACCUAGUAGUAUUGACAAAACCAACAUUUUAUUUUUGCCAAACCCAUUUCACAAUUCAAACAAGAUAAUCUUAUUAUUAUAUUAGUGUUACCUUAUAAGUCCUUUUCCCAUUAAAAAGAUAAUGCGCUUUAAAAUGAUGCGCAUCAAAAGUUAGUGCGACAUAUGUGAUGGAAAAAGGGUUAUAUCGCUCUAACGCCGAUUUUGUCGCACUAAGUUAAUUCGCUCUGCAGAGGUGGUUUUGGGAAAGUUCUAGCGACAUAAAAGUAAUGGAAAACGGCUGAAGCGAUAUAGAAUGUCGCGCAUGCGCAUUGUUGAUGGAAAAUCAUCUAGCGGGUCAGAAAAAUGCGCUUCAACACGGGGCAUUGUGACACAAUUUUAAUUCGCUAUAAUCAUUCUGUCGAUGGAAAACCGUUUAGGCGCUUCUUAUGUCGCUACAAAUUAAUUCGCUUUAAGAGUUAAUUCGCUUGAAAAUCUGAUGGAAAAAGGACAAUAGACUCAAGAAUACAUCCAUUCCAGACAUGGAAGACACUCUGAUAUGAAUUUACAACGUAUUUAUUUUACCAACCAAACAUGUUCCGUCCACAUUAGAACGGCGAAUUCCGACACUGAGAACGAUACUUUUCAAAAACGAUCGCUGAGGUGGAUAAAUAUGAAAACGCUGGGUUCGCGUUGUAGUGUGGUCAGGGUAGACGGAGGCUUUCAGAUACGAUGGCGUUCGGUUGCCAUGACACUGCCAUGACGCUGCCACAAGCUUGCGCUCAUCUAAAAGAAAAUGGCAGGGGAAAUGGAAAUUAUGAUUUCUCUGUGCAAUGUACUAUGUAUCUUCAGUUACAAGUUGUACGUUUUUAUAUUUACCCGGAUUAGUGUGGACAGGGCCUUACGUUUUCAUUAACGCUACCACCACAGCUGCGUCUUGUGAAUCUAAAUAAUGCCGCGAUGAGCGGGGAUUCCCGGAAGUAACGUAACCUGAUACAGCCCCAGAAAUAAAUAAAAUAAACAAUUUUUCUCGACUAGUUUUGGUGAACGAAAAUGAAGAGACAUUUUCGCAGAGUAUUAUUUUGUAAAACACAUUGAGUCUCGUUUUAAUUCGUCAACAAUAUUGCAUUAUGUAUUUAAUUAUAGUUAUUGUCACAUGACCAGCAUUUACGUUGCGUCUCGUCUAGUUUUCCUCACGUGAUAAAGGGUCGUUGAUGACGAUAUUUAGUCAUAAUUUUCGUUGACGAAAGCAACACUAGCUGCAACUAACGAUUAUUUUAAUAAUCGAUUAAUCUGUCGAUUAUUUUUUCGAAUAAUCGAAUAAUCGGUGAAAAAAAGAAACAUUUGAAAUUGCCGCAUCUUUAUUCAAAAACUGAACAUUGCUUCAAAUUCACAGUGCAGACUGUGAAUGUGUGAAAAAAACAGGUUAUUGCUCCAACGUCCCGGAACUAUUAAAAGUAAUAAUAAAUAAUGAAAAAAUGAAAAAAACAUAACUGGGAUAACAAAAAAAAAAACAUACAAUGUAUGAUAUACUUUUAUAUGUAUAUAAGGGAUGUCCAUGGUUAACCGGUCAAACCUAUUGAUACCAUUUUCGAGACUAAGAUGAUAGUUCAAGAUAGGACAUUAAACAGGUCAUAAUUCUAUCUUUACCAUCUAUUUUAUAUUACUGUGAAAACAGUAGUUUUCACAGUAAUAUAGUUUUCACCAAAAUCUCAAAUAUUGUUUAUUUUUUUCUGUUACAUUUGAAUGCAUCAAUCAUAUUACUGAGCCGACCUGAACACAUCACAUUUGACACUGUUUGUGACCAUUGGUUCGUUUUUUUUAAGCUAACUUGCUCUAUAUCCUGCCGAUUUCAACAUGGAUUUAAAAACUGCAGUACUAUCGCUCACACUAAAGCUCGCUGUGGGCGUGCAUGAACCAUGAACCAACCUGUCGGCGGCUGGCUGUAAACAGUGCUGCGCCUAUGAGUAACUUAUUAAUCACGUGACACAACGAAUCAACAACCAAAUUCCUUGCCAACGCAUUUGGUAAUCGAUUUUUAUCGAUUUUAUCGAUUCGUUGUUGCAGCCCUAAACUAAAUCAUGACCAACUGAUAGAUGUCAAUAUAUCAAGUUAAGGUAGUUAACCAUUGUUAACGGUUACCUAUGUUAAAUCGCUUGCUAGGUGCAGAGGUGAUAGUAACUAGUGACAAUUACUCUGUUACAUUUACUUGAGUAACUUUUUGGAUAAAUUGUACUCUUAAGAGUUGUUUUGCAAAAUACUUUUUUACUUAUAUUAUUCUAAAGUAACAAUACUCCUACUUGGCUACUCUACCACCUAGGAAUAAACCCACUCCUCGCAUUUCUGCACAGAACUUGUGCUCACGGUUGUUUUGCACAUAUUUUUUAAUCUUCAUACAAAAAGAGCAGGGUCAGGGAGGAGACAGUGGACCAGAGUCCAGCAGCAGCAGGAAUGAACAGGGAGGGUAUUCACAGCAGGUGAGGAGAAAUUAUCUAUAGGAUAAAAGUGACUUUGCGAUUCAUUUCCACAGCUACGUCACCACUACUAUUCUUAAUAUUAUUUAUAAGUUUUGCUUUGAACAUUUAUUAUCUAUAUCAUUGCAGGAGAAAUUAUAACUGGCUCAGGAAAUGUCUAUAGGAUAAGAGUGACUCUAAGAUUAGUUUAGUUUAUAUUCAAAGAGACUUUUUGGUUAUUAUUUAUUUGCUGAUAUUAUUUGACUACUGCACUAUUUGUGUUUUAAAGGAAGCAGGUAUAGGUCAUACCAUUUGUCUUAGUGAUUAAUUUUGCACAUCUGUGUUGUCAUAAUUGACGACGGCAUAUGUAAAAUAGCUACAUCUUCAUGUCGAUAUGUUUAUUGUUGUCACUUUCACUUGUCACUUCUUGCCAUUAAAUUAAAUGAUGUGGCUUAUUACCCUGUCAAUUCCAUUCCAUUUUGGUGCUGAUAAUUUGAAACAGGAAUGGUGUUUUAAAGAACUUUUCGUGUUCAGUGUUGUCAUUUGGCACUUAUUAUCUGGUUACUUAACCUGUAGAUGCUCGAGGGUCAUUCUGUGUCAACUCAACCAGAGUUUGGCAGCUUUAGAUUUUAACUUUAGAUUUUGAUAGUAGCCUACAUCAUUUUAAAGAACUAAAGUCGGUCCCCUGGUGCUGUGCUGUUUGUGGUUAUGUAGCCACUAUGGAGGUGCAACUGAAUGCGAGAGGCUGACGCCUCAUGCCCACUGCACCGUCAGUCAAAGGACGUCGGAAGGCUUGGCUGACGGAUGGGGGAGCUUUCCGGGGUCGUCAGAGCCCGAGACAUUGCACACUUUUGCAUACGCAAUCUGAUUGGAUGACGGAUCCGUCGCUGCCGAAAAAGUUGAACAUUUUUCAACUUUUGGCCCCAUUCAAAGUCAAUGGGGAUCAGUCAACGGACGGAGGCAGUGGGCACGAGGUGUGAUAAAUCACUCAAUAGACCAAUUUGUCCCCCUCACUUCUGAAAAGAUGGCUAAGCCCCUGAAGCAAACAAAAGAUAAGUCCCGAAAGAAUGUUGUUUAAUUCACUCUCGCAUUUCUGCACAGAACUUGUGCUCACGGUUGUUUUGCACAUAUUUUUUAUUCUUCAUACAAUAGAAAGAGCAGGGUCAGGGAGGAGACAGUGGACCAGAGUCCAGCAGCAGCAGGAAUGAACAGGGAGGGUAUUCACAGCAGCCACUAUGGAGGUGCAACUGAAUGCGAGAGGCUGACGCCUCAUGCCCACUGCACCGUCAGUCAAAGGACGUCGGAAGGCUUGGCUGACGGAAGGGGGAGCUUUCCGGGGUCGUCAGAGGCCGAGACAUUGCACACUUUUGCAUACGCGAUCUGAUUGGAUGACGGAUCCGUCGCUGCCGAAAAAUUUUUCAACUUAAAAAAAAAAAAAAAAAACUUUUUGUCCCCAUUCAAAGUCAAUGGGGAUCAGUCAACGGACGGAGGCAGUGGGCACGAGGCGUGAUAAAUCACUCAAUAGACCAAUUUGUCCCCCUCACUUCUGAAAAGAUGGCUAAGCCCCUGAAGCAAACAAAAGAUAAGUCCCGAAAGAAUGUUGUUUAAUUCUGUUUGCUUUUACUGCCAACGGUCAAAGGACAUUUCCAGAACAAACAAACAGCAUUUGCUGAGAGGCCUACCCAGCAGGACUUGAACAAAGAAGAGCAGUUGCUGCGGAAAUCUGAUCAGAGCAAAUAUGCUUUCAAGAAGUGGAUAAAAUCUAAAAAUUCAACUAAUUGCUGCUAGUUUUGUGGCAGCUCAGAGAUGGUAAGGCUCGACAAGCUGUUCACUGUCGGAGAUUUCAUGAAAGAAGCCUUCGUUAAAAGUUUAAGUGUUGAAAAAACCCAAUGCUAUUCCUGCCACGAUGUUUACAACGGAAAAUGAAGAGGUAGCUAACCAUGGCAGGCUGAAGGGGAUCAUCUUUUGUCGGUUCAAAUGCGCCCUCAUCUUCCUCAUCCUCGCACUCUCUGGUCUCAUCUUCCUGCUGCGCAACAUUCUCACUCUGGAGGACCAGACCAGCAGCCACGCAGCCUUCCCCCAGAAGCGGCCCCUCCCUUCAUACCAAACCCACACCUUCUGCAGCCACCUGGGCCUGAAGCCCACACAAGACGAAGCCCUGGAGGACCGCUACCUCCUCAAAGCCAUCGCCUGGCCCAAGCUCCCCGCCCGCCCCGCCCCUGUGCCUCUCAACCAGACCAGCGACCCUGUGCACAGCCUGUUCACCAUCCUGCCCUCAAAGGGCCAGAAGGAGUGGCGUGUUGGGGACCAGCUGGAGGCCCUGGUCCAGAUGCACGACUUCCAGGGCAGUCCCAAGCGCUACGGCGGAGACUUCCUGGUGGCCCGGCUCCAUUCCCCGGAGCUGCAGGCUGGGGUGGCAGGUAAGGUAGUGGAUCACCUCAACGGCUCCUACUCGGCGCUGUUCCCCCUGCUGUGGGGGGGCUCGGCCCAGGUGCAGAUCACCAUGGUGCACUCCAGUGAGGCUGUGGCCGUGCUGCAGCGGCUCCGCGAGGAGCGGCCCAACCGGGUCUUCUUCAAGAGUCUGUUCCGCUCGGGCAAUCUGUCCGAGACCACCACGUGCAUCCCGUGCCUGCCGCCUGAUUCCGCGCAGCAGCCACUGUGCAACUACACCAACCUCCACACAGGGGAGCCCUGGUACUGCUUGAAGCCUAAGCUGCUGAGCUGUGACACCAGGAUCAACCACGCCAUGGGUGGCUACGAGAAGCCCCUCUACACCAACCAAGAAGCGCUGCUAUUUCAGAGCCGUAUCAACCUCAAAAUUGUCAUCCAUGCGUCAGGACCUGAUCGGAUCAACGUGCUUCCUCAGAAGAUAGAUGGACAAGAGUUAGAAAACAGCACCAUCAAAGCAGAGCCGGACAAGUACACCCCUUCUGGCUAUUACUACCAAGGCACUUGGAGGCCCCUCGGUGGAACUUCUGUUCGCAAGUUUAACGACUCCUCGUCCAUCACGCAGUGCCUUACUGGCAAGGUGAUCCAUAUGUACGGAGACUCCACGAUGAGGCAGUGGUUUGAGUACCUCAGCGCAUUCAUACCAGAUUUCAACCUGCACCGUUCAAAGAAAGUUGGCCCCUUGAUGGCGGUGGACUUUAAACACAACAUCCUGAUGAACUACCGCUGUCACGGUCCGCCCAUCAGAAUCUUCCCUGUCAGCACCAGCGAGCUACGCUACGUCGCCAAUGAGCUGGACGGCCUGGCCGGAGGCCCCGACACCGUGGUGGUCUUCAGCAUCUGGGCCCACUUCACAUCCUUCCCCAUUGAGGUCUACAUCCGGCGCAUGCGGCACAUCCGCCAGGCGCUGGUACGGCUCCUGGACCGGGGCCCCGGAACCCUCGUGAUAAUUCGCUCGGCUAACUUUGUGGCCAUGGACCAGACGACGAGCAAGCACAGCAGCGACUGGUUCUCACUGCAGAUCGACAAGGUUCUCAGGACCAUGUUCAAGGGCCUGGGUGUUGUGUUUGUGGAUGCCUGGGAGAUGACCUUAGCCCAUCGUAGCCCCCACAACAUCCACCCGCCCCCGCCCAUCAUCAAGAACAUGGUGGAUCUCAUCCUGUCUCACGUUUGCCCUGACAAGAAGAAGAGCUAGGCUGAGAGUCUGUCCCUCUCUUUCUCGCGCCUUGGCUGAUUGGCUUUAGGUUUGAUUUGUUAGUUUUGUCACUUAAGGUUUUGGGUCUUUUUGGUUUGGCUCAAUGUUUGGUCUUGUGUUCACACCGCACAACACAGCACAACACAUGUUCCACUCAACCAUACACAUAUACACACCACUGACUAUGCAGAUUUCAUGUCUGUACAUUCUUAUGUGUUUUAUAUUAAUUAAUAUUACUUUUAACCCUUUUAAUCAUGUGUGUUGUCCCUUCCCUUUUUGAACGGCUUUGGUUCCGUCAGUAAAUUUCCAAGUCAUUUUCUCCAUUGACUUUCCAGAAAAUCAUUCUAUAAAGAGUUUUAUGCCUGGAACCAAGCCAAUUA